AAGAACUUACAAUGACAUGAGUUACAAGAGCCUUGGUAACCUGGACAGUUUGGACAUGAGUUCCAGUAACCUAGGUAACCCUGACCCUAACGAGGAGGUCCCUCCUCCCAGUCCUCCCCCACAAUCUGGUUGCUUCACCUGUCUCGCCUGCAGCCUGGUCGGCAAGAUAGACACGGAGCUGGCUGCUGUAAGACGGAGAAUGUUCGUAUCUUCUGAAGGGAGCUCCCCGGACCAAAUGGAUCCUCCUCCCCCGCGAGUGUUUACUUCAGAGACUUUAGAUAGGAAGCUGCAGAGUCUGACCUCCAGUGAGCAUUCCUCUGACACAGAUAGUGAGGGUCCGUGUAAUAUCCAGGGUCUACUCAAGACCAGUGGAGGUGGUAGUAACCAUGGCAACAGUGGAGGUAGUAGUAACCAUGGCAACAGUGGAGGUGGUAGUAACCAUGGCAACAGUGGAGGUGGAUACCCCAGCAGGGAUGGAGCACUGUCCGACUAUCUGCCAGAUGAUCAUGACGUGUUUUCUCCUGUCCUGGUCAGAGAGUCUCCCUCUAUCGUCAUUGAGUUUAUUGAUGAUACGAGGCUCAUGAAGGAGACAGUUGCGUCAGAAGGCUGUGAAAUAAAGUCAAAGUCUUUGACCGAUGACAACACACCAUUAGAGGAUAUUGAAAUAGUGGUUGAUGAUGUCGCAGAGAUCCAUUCACAUGAAGUAGAUGGUCAAGGUGAUGUAAGUUUGCAAAAUAAUGAUGAGUCGGAGGAUCAGAUAAAACAGUUGGAAGAUUUUUUCAACGGUUCGGAUGGAUCAGGAGAUAUGGUGACUGAUGAAAUACUUCAAGAAAUUGCGGUUUCCCUGGAUGAGGAAAAAGAUAAAACUAUCUCAUUGGACAGUGAUUUGCUUCAGUACAUUGAACAGCAACUUCACAGGAACAGAGACACGGAGACUCCGUCUCAAGAUCCAACAGAACCGUCUGAGAUCUCCGAGAUUCCAGAACCAAUUGAAACUGGGGUGAUAGGGUUAGAUGAUGAGGCGAAAGGUUCGGAUAAUCAAGAGGAGGACGAGUAUAAAGCAUUUAGAGAGCGGGCUUCUGAGUUUCUUGUUAAUGUCACGUGCACUUCUGUUGCUACGGAAACAAGACCAUGUUCAACCAUGGACGACUGUGGAACUGAGCAAAUUCAAAGUGAAGUUUCAGAUGGCAGUGUUGAAGAGGAACUCUUUGAAAGUUCAACUACAUAUUUUGAUCAGGGCGUGGAAACAAGUCGAUUGGAAAAAGGAUUGUUCGAUGAUGAAAUUGAAAAUUGUGAUGAAGUUGAAACUGAAAUGGACUUACGAGAUACUAGAAAUUCUCAAUCGCCUGAUACCAAAAUUGCUCGCGAACUAACAAAUGUAGUUUUGUCGAACGUAACCCAAGAAGAUAAUAUUAACCAUAGUAACCAAAAAGAUCUUGAUUCAGCUGUCGAGUGUGCCCAGGUAGAAUCAGACGAAGUUUUAUGUAAUUCAGCAGCUGAUUCUUUAGCCCAGGUUUCAAUUCAUGAAGCUGCUAAUAUCGUUGUUUGCGAACCUAUUGACUCUCCCAUUCAUGGUUCAACUGACGAAGCUGAAUUUGAUUCUCCGACAGAAGGAGAUCCUUCUACUCAGAUGAUCACACAAAAUGAAACAUACGAUUUAUCAGGAUUUGGUGAGCCUCUUGCAGACGAGAUCUUGCAAAAUGAAGCCGAGGAAGAGAAUAUGUUACCUGAAUCACGACAUCAUCACCACGAACUUGACUCGGUGAACCCAAACAAAACUUCUGUCAAAAUGGACAUACAGAGCGACGUUACUGUUGAUGAUAGUCAGAUAAUGGUAGAUGGAUCACAGUACCUUACAACUGGUCACGAUGAAAUAGAACCUGAAUUAAUCUCCUCAGGUCCAAUGUUCACCCCACCUGAAGAAGAAGAGAACUGUCCACUGCUGUCAAGUGAGGUAGUGGAGGUGAACGAGAAAUGUAGAGAGUGGAUCAACUCAACUUCCUCCUGUGAUGAGAUAUUUCACAGUUUUGAAACGAAGACAGACCGUGAGGACCAGGUGGAGACUGAUGGUCGAGACAUAUCCCUGGACAUGUUACAUGAGAGAGCGAGGAACCUGGGAAUAACAAUAGAAUUGGCAGGAGGAUGUGGAGGGCGCAAUGAGGAGAAGAUCCAGAGCCCAUCGAACUUGAGGAGAAAUACGAGCCAAAGAAAUAUUAGAGCAAACUCCCGAGACGGACUAUCAUUGAUCCAACGAUAGAAGAGACUCCAGAUUUUAGAAGCAUCCACCCUGCCAGCAGUAUAUCCGAUGACCCCGCGGGGACUUACGAUAACAGCUGAUAAUUUGUAUCUGAAGUUGAUGAGGAACAAACCAAGACUGAGCCUAGUCCAGUAAUCCAGAGACACUGGAAACCCUCUGUGACUGGAUGAGGACGACAUGUCAGCGCCCUGAGGUCCCCGAGGUAUCAGCGGUCUGACCAACCUCUGAUCCUCCUAGGAGAUCUGAACAAGACCCCCAACUUUGUGCUCCCUGCCAUGGAGUUACUUCUCUGGACUGGCAUUUCUAAAACUUUAAACGGAACAAAAGUCUAGAAACGAUCACUCGAGUUCGGAUCCUGGAACCCCGAGGCAGACUCCGGGUACGCACGUGCAGUGCUCCGACUCACGCCCUUAACAUGAGCACGACCUCGGUAAGGAGGUGAUGAGGGCCGUGUUUGGGAUUGAGGCAGGCAGGCUUUAGAUGUGGGGUUAAUAGAAGCAUUUAGAAGUUCUAGAAGUUCUAGAAGGUUCUAAAGGUUCUAGACGGUUCUGAGUAAUUGAGCAUGGCUGCGCGCAUCAUGUACUCUGUUUUUUAGGAUAAUGUGUCAUCGUGUUGAUUGAAAGGUUGAAAAUCAGUAAAAUUGACGAUUGUACAAAUCGUCCGAUACAAGAUGCUAAUGAUAAUAAAUUGAAAAGGUAUACUUACCCUGUAUCUAAGAGUUGGACGAAAUCUUUCUAUUGAACACAUAGGCAAUCACGCGUAAUUUUUUCGGCUGGUUUUUUUAAAUUUUCAAUUCAACCAACGAUGGCACAAAUGCAUUUAAAGUUAAACAAUGAUUUUUGGGUCACUUGUAGAACUUGGCUGUGACAUUGAAUGUUUGGCAGGAUGAUCACUUAUCUGAGAAGUAACACGUGUAGAAGGUGUUUUACCUUUUAAAGUAGCAAUAGAAUAUCAUGCAGCCAGCAAUGAUUUAUGUAGAAAAUCAUUUUAAUUUGGAUCUGAUUCUUAUGCCUGAUUUCCCAAACCUAGCAAUGAAUAUUUUGCCUACGUUGCUUGCACUUGUAUAAAGUCUGUUGAAGCAUUAGUACGGCGUUGCCUGCGACAUGCUAACCACACCAUACUAGAAAGCUUGCUUUAAAAUUAAUUACAUAAGAACCUGAUUCUUACGGAUUCUUAAUUAUAAUUACUAAGCUGCGAAGCGGAAACAACACGUUAGUAUUUAAAGAUUGCUUUAACUGCCGUGAUUUGCCCGAAGUGACUUGUUUGAAAAUCUAUCAACUGCUGAUUUGGAAAUGUAUUCUGGCUUCGUUUUUUUCUGCUGCUAUACACACCGCAAGUUUUUUAUUUAUUCUGGUUUACCUCUGCAUUCUAAUUCUUGCCCAACAUUUUUCGCUGAUUUUGACUUUUGCUUCGAUCUUAUUUCUGCGCCCCUGUUAUCUUUCCGACAGUGGAUUUGAAAGUCUAAUAAUGCAUAAUAUGGUGUAGUAACAGUUUGUUUUUACUCAUUCGUUGAAGCUGAUUUUAAAACUCCAUCUAGAAUAUUAUGCUGAAUUUAACUGAUCA